UGUGUGUGCCUCGUUUGAGCAUCUCUAACUAUCAGAACUGUCAUGCGGUGGUAACGGUUUCCUCUGCUCAGCACAGUUACAAGUUUACCUAGCCUUAUGAGUUGCUUAAGGUAAACAAUAUAUAUAUGAAGCCGAUUUAUUAUUUAAUUUCUGUCCUAUGAAUAAAAGUCUGAAACAAUCCUCAGUCAUUCCAUUAUGUAGGCUACUUCCUCAAUUUGUCUGACGCCAUUGUAGACGAGGAAUACCUAAAGAGGAUUUAUGUGGUAGUGCGAUAUUGGCAGUUGCUGAAUGGGCUUUGGACAUCUACUGAGUGAGCGCAACCUGAAGGCAGCACUUCUGUAAGUAAUCAUUUAUCCCGUUCAGAAUUAAGGAAUUCAGAACUCAAAUUGCCCUAUCGCCUUGACAAACAACUCAGCCUACAUUUUAUAGCAUGAGGUGUAAGCAAUAUUUUUCAAAUACAGAAAUGAAACUGUUGUAUGUUGAAUGCGCCACGUUGCCGUCAGAUUAUUUAUUGCUGUCACAAUUAAUAUGUAAUCGAAAGUCAUCUUAAGUUGGGUGCCAUCUGCUUGACACGCAAAGCAGAAGUAACACAUAAACCAUUUUGUUGACUAGGGUGACAGGUUAAGCGUUACUUUUAAGUUGACUUUUCAAAGUUUUAAAUCCCAUAAAUAUUUCAACAUUGUUGUGAAAAUGGUUUAGGGUUGGGCAAUUAACAUCUACAUCGUGUUUCUUUACCUUUAAUGUUCUUAGCUUUGAAGGCCUUGAUUGCCCACAGCUUUUUUUUUAAAAAGCUGUUAAAUAGUGGUGUAAGUAUUUGUAAUGAAUUUGUUAUUCACUGAUUGUUUAUAGUAGACGUCUAGUCAUAUGUCUGUACUGUACAUGCAGGGGAAUUUAAUUUGGUUACCUUAAUUGGCGCCUGGUGUGUCACUUGUACAUUGAUUAUAAAGAGACUAUAUUCAUACCAUUGGUGAGAUCUACAGUAUGUAGGCCUACAAUUAGUAAAAUUUGUUAAAUUGCAUGUACUAAAUAAAAUAUACCACAAGGUUUCAUUUCAACCCCAAAAGUCCAUUAUAAGUUCAGAAUGACCACAGAAAGUGAAGUGAUGAGUUUGAGGGUUUCCUUUAUGUUAAGUACACACUUAUAAAUGGGGAAGACUUUCCUCUAUGGUAACAGACAGUUGAAUUUCGAUGAGCUGAACUAUUCUCUCCAACUUCUCAAUUUAUCCAGCGAGAUAUGACAAUGAAAUUAUCACCCUUUACAAAACCCUACCUUACUGACUAACUAGAUUAUCUGAUCAUUCUGAAUCUUCCUGCAGAUACUGAAUUCAGUGUCUUUUUCUCUCACACACUGGAUACGUUGAAUUUGGGAUGACUAUAGUUGAUAUGAUAUGACCAUGAUAUCAAAUCUGAUUCAGUGUGCUGCACGUACCCAUGUGGGGGUCAUGGCAAUGGUAGGAGUAACUAUCAGAUCUCCAUCUUCAUUGUUCACACUCAAGUAAACAGCACAGCUUCAGAUAAAUCACGUGACAUGUGCUGGCUUUCUCAGCUCAGCAACUUUCAUCCUGUGAGGUUAGGUGUUUGUGUGUAGUGUGAUAUUUGUACUCACCAUGUCGCGUGUCUUUGCAGAUGAGACAGACUUGCAGUCGGUAUGUGAUACAGAAACUCACAGUUAACCCCUGCAUUCUAUGGGUUGUCGUGCAGAACUCAGGAGGAAGCAUGUCCUCAGCUAUUGAAUGUAACUUGUACCGCAGCAUCCAGGCCAUCCUCAAGGAACUCGACUGUCCCAGUCAAGCUGCCUCCACAUGCAACAGGGGAAUGCUAAGAUGGACGUUGCACAAGAGGAUUGAGAAUAACCCGUCACAUUGUGUCUCCCUGUUGAGAGUUCUGGUGAAGGAACUGGAGAGGGUCGAGAGAGUGGACUACAAGAGUCGUAUUAUUCCUCUCCUCCACAUGUCGGCCUAUGUUGUUCUGCAGUCCGUCCACAUCCCAGAGGACCUCUAUGAGAGAAUGUAUAUCUCCAUCAAAAAGCUGAUCACACUACCAGAACCUUACUGCACCGUGAGCCUGGCCUAUGCCCAGAUUAUGAAGAUGGAGAUGGGCACACCAGGCCUCCUUUACCAGAGGCGACUAAUCACUGAGCAGAGUUUGAAGAACAACAGCUACACCCUCCAGGAGAAGGUGUUUGUGUUUGCGGAUCCUGCUGUUUUCCCAGAAUCCCUAGUGUCAGCCGUCAGGGCAGACGUGGAAUUCACCAGCCCAAACUGUGGCGUGGAGGGUCACAUGCAACGAGCUGUGCUGCACUGCCUUCAGGCCACACUGGGAAGGCACUGCCAUGGCCCCAGACUUGCACAGGCCCUGGAGGGUUGCGGAGUACGAUUGAGAAAACACUUCCAGGAAGUGGUGACGGCUGUGGAGGAGAGUGUGGAGGCUGUAUCGUGUGACCCUGGCCACCAGCGGACCCGGCUGCAGCAGACCUACACGGACAUCAUGAACGCUGCUAAACAAGACCCGUCAGCUUCUGGAGAGAUGUGUGGAGUACCCCUGCCCUGCCCUGAGAUCAGUUUCAACAGCUGGAAACAAGAGGAGCAGAUAUGGAAUGAGCUGGUAAACUUUGCGCUGAUGAUCAGCCCGUGCGAGCGCAGCUUCGAUGAUGAUGAGAUGGAGGAGAGGAGGGGCUCCAUCAUGUCCAAUGACAGCGGCAUCGAGGGGGACCUGCCUGCAGCUGAGCUCUCCACUCUCAGCUUGGAGCCUGAGGGCGCCUCCGAUGCCCAGAGCGAGCAGAGGCACUCUUCACAGUUCAUCCGCUGGAACUGCGUCCGCAGGAUGAAGCUGUCCGACCGCAUGGCACUGGUCAGGGAGUCGGUGAGGGCGACCAGCCGGAGCGACCCUUUCCCCCACGAGGAGCGAAACCACACGGGGCGUGUGCUGAUCAUGGGGGAUGACCGGGCGCUCGGCAGGCUGGCUAAGACGUAUCUGUCGAUACGGAAAAGGGAGGCCAGACAUCUUCUCCUGACCAAAAGGCUUAACCUAGAGAUGUAUUACAUUCCUGUGAGUAAUGACCCCGUGCUCGUCUCGUCAGAGGAGGAUUCGACCACAGCACAGGAUAAUAAGUUGACCCUAGCAAGAUUUCUGGGCAGUGUUGAUCCAUGGUACGACUGCAACAUCAACAGUUUGGGGGCAAUGAUGUUGAAGCUGGCAAACAUGCAGUCCAGCAGCACUAAAGGAGCUUCAGAGCCAAGCCCAUUCCUGGCCGACAUCAUCUCAUACUACAUCCGCACUGCAUUCCAGCCCGUUCACCUCCCUAUAUACUCCAUAAAGAUCACCUUCUCCAAGCUGAAUGCGAGCCCUGUGGAGGAUGUCUUUGUGUCCCACGUCCAGAUGGACUUCCCAGAGUUUAAAUCACUCAAAGCUUCUCUGAAGGGUUCAUUGCGACAUAAGAGGGCCACACAGCUAUUUAGAGGGGCUGUCGUUGCUGUCAACUACACCAAAGCCUCUUUGAGCAAGCGAGAGGUGGACACAGGAAUCACUCUGAGGACAUGUAGUGUUGUAAUCGGGGCAGCGCCCUCCAGUGGCACCAAAGAUCUCAACAGCCUCUCUGUGACCUUCAAUGACCUCUUCCCAAGACCCUGCAUGGUUUCUGCCAUAAGAACAAAUAACAUUAAGAUCCAGUCGCUGGAGAAACGGCCCCUCACUGUGUGCUUGGACAAGGACUCCCGCAGAACCUUCAGUGACGUUCAAAGUAUUGAAAUCACUCCCUGUCUGGAUCCUGGAUAUUGUCUUCAGAAGAGUGCAAAGUCGAAGCACACCCUGGAGGAGGAGGAGGAGGAGUCAGCACUCAGCAAGUACAUGAGCAGAACGCUGACUCUUCCUAUCAACACCUUCUCAGGGGUCAUUCACUGACUCUUCCUAUCAACACCUUCUCAGGGGUCAUUUGCUGACUCUUCCUAUCAACACCUUCUCAGGGGUCAUUCACUGACUCUUCCUAUCAACACCUUCUCAGGGGUCAUUCGCUGACUCUUCCUAUCAACACCUUCUCA